AUGAAAUAUGAAGAUGUGAUGGAAGCCUCGAUAGAACAAACUGAUAACACUGAAGAAACGCUCAGUUCGAAAUGUCACAAAUCCUUUCGGUCCAAUCGAUCGAUAUCGCGUCGUAUACAACGUGAACAUAAAAAGAAGGAUUAUGUGUGCGAUCAGUGCGGAAAAUGUUUCAAUUCUAGCCAAUCGAGAUGGAGUCAUGUACAACGUGAACAUAAAAAGAAGUAUGUGUGCGAUCAGUGCGGAAAAUGUUACAGUUCGUACAAGUCGAGAUGGAGUCAUGUACAACGUGAACAUAAAAAGAAGAAGUAUGUGUGCGAUCAGUGCGGAAAAUGUUACAG